CCAAAGGUAUCUAUUACAAUUACUAGAAAGUAAAAUCCUUCGUUAUUGCCCUAGUCAAUCAUACCGAUUGCUAAUACCGUCCUAGGAAAUAACAUUCUUCUAUAUACCAAUAUCAAGAACGUCUAACUAGACUCACAUCUUGCUCGAUUUCCUUUAACAGAUACCUUCUCGUCAAUUAGAUAUCACAAUCAUGCAGACGUUCAAGCAACUCACCUCAAUCACCACCCGACUGGGCCAGCCUGUCAAAACCUUCCAACCUCGAGCACAACUACCUCUCAUCCAAUCAGUAGAGCAAAACAGGCGGACCUUCCACUUCUCUCCGACAUCUCGAACUACCCAUCAGCAAAAGGAGGAAGAGGAUAAGUUUCAUGACCGGACUAUCCUCGACCCCCAGAGAAACGAAGUCUCGAAGACGGGCACGGAUAAUGAAGUAGCUGGCCACCCGGCCGCUUACGAUCCGAGCAAGACGUCACCGGAAAGCGAGAUCCAAGCCACCGAGGAAGAAAGUCAACAGCAGGGUAAAGUCAGCAACCCGUUGAAUGUUAGUCCGGCAAAUAAGGAAGUUAGUGGCACACGACCAGCUCAGGAGGGGCUUCCGGAUCGUAAUGCAGAGAAAUCGGGGUCGACUGGAAGGGGUGCAGCGCGGAAGAAUAAAGAGGUGAACAAGCCGAGGAAAUAGAGACUGGGUCUUUAUCACAGUGGAUAGUCCAGUAUGGGUAUCUGGAUACCACUUCUGGUUUAGUACAUUUUGUGUUAAUAUACAUUGCUCUUUUUGUUGUUCAUAA